AUGACCGACUCUCUGCGAACCUCCACAACACGAUGUCCGCCCCUCCGGCAGGCCCGGGGGACGGUUCUUAAUACCAUAAUGGAAGACACUGGCGAAGCGCUCGCGGAGAAAGGCGCUGGACGCUUGCCGCUUGUCAAACCCGCUUUGCCCAGUCCCAAGUUGACCUUGAAGACCUCCGGGCUGUCGGCCCCGGCCCAUGCCCGCCUAGCCCGCUUGAUGUCUCCGCUUUCCGCUUGCACCGACUCCUCGUGCUGCUCCGAUACGGAAUGGCAGCAGCAGCAGAAGGAACAGAUGCAGCAGAUUCAAGGCUAUGACGACCUGUAUGAUGCCACGGAUGAUGGCGAGACGGACGACGAUACCGCCACGGAUGUCAGCGACUCGUGCUUCUCUGCUCCGGGCACCCAGCGGUCCAGCUUGGUGACACCAAUCACCCGGCACUCGAUCACCUCGACGGGGAGCCGCAAGCGAGAUCUCUCGUUGGAUAUCCCUUCGCCCGUCUGGCCGGCCAAGACCUCGAUGCCACCCACGCCACCUCCCAAGAUUCCGCUGUCCCCGGCAGCGCUAUCGCUGCUAGGCCGCUCCGUGCCCGCCUGCCAUGCGCCUCCCUCGCUGGAUGGGAGCCUCACUUCGGACCAGGAAUCCCAUCUCAGCGGUCUAGCCACACCCGACACUCGCUCGCUGCCGGAUACCAAUUGGGACGCGCAAGAGAUCCGCGUCCGAACGGACAUGGAUCUGAGUGACAGCGAGCAACUCACCGCGGAAGAAGGGAGCCCAGACCUUCAGUCAUUUCCCAUGGCUAUCGAAAGCCCCGGCGAUGACUGGCGCAACGUGCUGGAACGGUUCCCUUCAAUUCCCAAGGGCCAGGAAGACUCAACCCCCACGAGGGAGUCGACCUUCGAUAUCCCCUCGCGAGAGCCCACCCCGUCUGAUCAAGGCGUCUCCCUGCCUGACGGAGCCUUGGCCAUGCUGCACCACCUUCCAGUGGACCAGCCUCUCGAGCCCUGGUCAGCGACGUCCGAAUCCAAUGACGAGAUGUGGCAGCUGCAGGCACCACCCACGCGGCCCCGGAGCGCCGAGGGUCUCACGCCCGCAUCGGAGAUGUCUGGUUACAGCUUCAGCGAGUUGAGUAUUCCCUCCCCCGGCGGGUUUUUCGCUUCCUUGGGUUCCCGUGCCCGUCACACUUGGUCCAUCCCGAAGGACACUGCAACCCCAUCCUCCGCCACCGCGGAAGGCUUCUAUAACUUCCCGCUCCCCGGUGACCGAGGUGAAGUCAUUGAGCAGGUGAUCAGCUGGCCAGACCGCUCGCAACAGGAGGAAGACCCCAUCACGGCCGUGCGCAUCGAAGAUGGCCCUCCAACUGCCCGUCAAGUUCCUGCCCAAACUCCAACUCGACUUCCUCCUCAGACUCCGACCCGACGCCCGCCGCCAACCCCAACGCGGAUCGUUACCCACCAGGACGGCUUCAAGUGCCAAGAUGGCAACAGCCCUGUGAAGGAGAUUACGCCCGUGGAAGCUGCUCCCGAGUACGAUGAACUGUAUGACACCGAGCUUCGAUCCCGUGCCGCGGCCGGUAUCGACCGCACCAGUACUUGGCUGGCGGCCCAGGCCUCCUAUCUCUCCGCGUUGCAUGAGACGAAUCCGGUCAACGAUACCGAGCCGCGAACUGCCUCGACAUUCUCCGAGACGGAGACAGAGGGAGAUGAUACAGAAGGGGAACAGCAAAAAGAUCUUGCCACCUUGAAGCCGGUCCGGUAUUCCGAGGGCGUCCCAGAAUGCCCCAGUCCGCGCCCAUCAGUGACUGCCAGCAAGGAUUCCAUCUACUGGCGUGGCUUCAAGUCGAUCCGAGAUCGCUCGAGCGAGGAAGACGGCUUCCUACACCGCACUAUGCGCUUUGAUGCCAUUCAGUCCUUCCGCCUCGGCAUGGAGGACAUGCACAUCAACUGUCUCAUGGGCAAGUACGAGGUUGUCCGCCCCGAACGGCCCGCCUAUAAAGGCCCGUUCUCUCAGGCCCCGCGCAACUCCGUUCUGACUUCCUCCUUGGCGGAGAAGGCGCAGUUCUCCAACCUGGAAAAGGAACAGCUCGUGCUCGCCCAGCUGUGCCGGCCCAUGUGGGCUAUGGAGGCCCUGCGUUGCCUAAAUGGCGGGAAAUUGCUCACCAGCCCCGCCACUAAGCGUAUGGAACGCAUUCAGAGCACUGCUAAGAAACAGGAAGGCGAGAAGACGCGCACGGUCAGAAUCCUGGAUCUUGGAGGUCAGGCUUCUUGCGAAUGGGGCUGGCAUGCUGCACAGGAGUAUCCGGGUGCCAAGGUGUACUCCGUGGUUCCCAAGAGCCAGAACGUGAACAAGGCCAUCAAGGGCCCGCCCAACCACCGUGUGGUGUCCGUCGCCCAGCUGUGGGACUUACCCUUUGGUGCCAACAAGUUCGACGUGAUCUCCACCCGCUCCUUGCACGCCUUGCUGAAGACCUCCUGUCCUGCUGGCAGUGGUCAAGACGAAUACGACCUCGUCCUGCAGGAGUGCAUGCGCUGCCUCAAGCCGGGUGGCUACAUCGAGUUCAUGGUACUAGAUGCGGAGAUCUCGCGGGCCGGCUCAUAUGGCUCCGCGACCUCCGUUGAGUUUGCCUUCAACCUGCGUGCACGAGGCUAUGAUCCCCUCGCUUCGAAGAGCUUCCUCUCGCGUCUGCGGCAACGCGGCUUUGUCGAUAUGAAACGCGCCUGGAUGUAUCUGCCGAUGGGCGUGGAGUCAGACGAGAUGCGCGCGCUGAAUAAAUUGGAAGGGCGUGCGCCGGCGCCCAACCACACUGGUAGCACGGAAGACGUUGCCAGUGUCACGGGCGUGCUCGGUGGUUGGAUGUGGGAGCAGUGGCUCCUCUCCUUGCGGACGGAAAUGGGUCGGGACCGGACCAAGUUGCUCGAAGGCGUGAGUGUUGUCUUUGAUGAGGGGCGAAACAACGGGGCAGGGUGGACCUGUCUGUCUGGGUGGGCGAUGAAGCCGAAGCCGGCGAAGCAGAGUGCUCGCGGUUGA